UAUAUAUCCGUCCCAGCGAGUCCACCGCCAUUGCGUAGAUCCAGGCCUCGUGAACGGCUAUCUCUUUUUUGAGAGAUAAAUCUUUGGUCCAAAUCUGGAAAAACAAAUUCGAUAAAAGCAUGGAGUUUUUACCUGUUGAGAUUUUGGAGAAAAUAUUCAAAAACCUUCGCUACAGUGACCUGAAACAGGCUUCGGCUGUGUGUCGUCUGUGGUAUGACGUCUACCAGCGGUCAGCGUUCAUGUCCAAAAUGGUACUACACUUCAAGAAGGAACUGACCCCGGCCUCUAUCGGACUGUUCCUGCAGAGUGAGUGCCUCUAUCAGAAUAUACGCUUCACGUCCAUUCCAUUUUACGAUGUGCAAAAAUCGAAACGAAACCUAUGCCGGAAAGAUAUUAUCUACGAGGAUGAGUGCUUCAUUCAGCACCUGCGACAGUUGAUGAUGAAAUUCAAGGAUGCGCUACAGAUGCUUUCGCUGUGCAAGUGUCACCUGGAGCGUGGCAGAUUCCUGGAACUCGUUCAAAUGGUACCCGGUCUUAAAGUUCUCGACAUUGAAGAAUGCAUCUUCGCCGGCGAAGAGUGUGGCAAAACUUUACACCUGCCACAGCUCAAGAAGUUCAAUUUCAAAUACCCUGAGGAUGAAAUCCAGCGGUUUGAAUCAGGACACGUCUACUGCAAUCUAUCCCAGAACCAGUCCUGUCUAGUCAAGUUGAAAGUUCAGCUGUUUUUGAACGAGAUGUUCGAAGAUCCGGAUAGUGAUCUGUGGGACCAGCUGAAAGCAGUGACCCAAAUGGUCAAACGGCAUAAGAAAACUAUGAAGUCCUUCAAGGUGGACAGCUUCAACGAAGUAGCACUGAAAAAACUUAUCCACGAAGACGACGAACUGCAGUUGGAAAAAGUUGUCUUCGGAGAAUUGAAACUUCGCAAGAAUGAUCAAAUAUUCUACGACUUUUUGGCAAAGCAGCGUAAAAUCAAGAAGCUUGAAAUAGCCAUCGAUUCCUCGCUGGAUCUCAACAACGAUCAGUACCUGAAAGCAAUAUGCGACAAUCUGGAAUCGUUGGAACAAUUUUACUUAGAUAUAUCCAGAAACUCGGACAGUGGCUUGGAAUAUCUUAAAAAACUGCAAAAGCUAAAAAACCUAGUACUAACUAAAAACCGAAACACGGUUUCUCUCACACCGCAAUGCUUCAAUCACAUUUACAUGCCUAAUCUGAAGUCCCUCGGGAUAUACUACAAAGAAUUGCCCCAGCCUGCCGUCGAACAGAUUCCGCUUAGCUUUCCGAAUCUGAUGGCACUAAACUUGAGCGAAUGCGAGAAAGCGGUCACCGAUUGUACGGUUCAACUGAUCUUCAUCGCACUGCCGGCACUGGAAAGUUUGGAUCUUAGCAAGUGCAAACAGAUAACCGAACGAGCCUUCCUGGGACCGGUGAGGAUUAGUAAUUUAACCAAACUGAAAGAUCUAGUGCUGGAAAAGUGCGACGGUGUGACCGAUCUUUCGCUGGAAGCCUUCGACAAUCCGGGCUUGAAGAGUAUCAGUUUGGCAAUGUGCAACCGAAUAACGAACCGAGGCUGGCGGAUGCUUUGUCUGAAGUGUCCAAAUUUAACCUGGCUCAAUGCAUCCCAGUGCCGCAACUUUGACGAUGAAUCGGCACGAAUCGUUGCCACCAUGCUGACGGAAUUGGAAAUUUUAAACCUGUUCAGGAACGGAGCGUUGACCGACGAGGCAGUAUUCAGCAUCGUAGAAAAUUGUCGCUAUUUGGAGGACCUCUGUCUCACCAAGUGUCGUGGGGUUAAAAUGAAGAAGCAGGAAUACUUUGACGAUAAGAUGUACCGUGUGAACAAGGAUUGUCUGAAGAAACGAGCGCGGAAAGUUAGUCAAAGAUAAGAGUUUUGACUAGAUAAGAAUAGAAUUUGCACCUAAAAUUAUGCUCUUUUCUCACAUUUCAAGUAAAGUAAUAAUUAAAACCGAACAUGAAAUUGAUCAGAAGUACAAAAUAAACUUUUCCGUACCGUUUACGAAACGCGAACAUUCUCGACUUCCGUUUAGAAAUU